UUGUAUUAUUAUUGUGAUAUUUUUUGGUCUUCUUACUAGUCAUGUAUUUUAAUUUUAAACGAUUUUGCACAUAAUAUUAAUAUAAUUUUCCAAUUUUUAGCAAUCUUAUGACAUACAUAUAGCGAGAAGUGAAAAAAAAAAAAAAUUGACAUAUAGCGAGAAAAUGAAAACUAUACGCUACCGUUUCAGAGUUUCAGUUUUGUUUCCUCCUCCACCGCUCAUUCACUGAUCAUUUUUUGUUUUGUUUCUCUUCUUCGUCCUCCGUCUCCUAAUCCCCUACUCCGCAACACCGCCGUGCUCUUCCUCAGCUCGUCCGGCGGAUAUGAUGAACAUUGUCUCAAGUCAUCAUCACUGUCAACCAUCGAUUAUACACGAACCAUGCUGUGUAGGAACAAUAUCUAAGCUUUCUUGUUCGAGAUCUUGCGGUCCUUGUUUCUCUGGAAGAUUUGCUUUCUCUCAUAGCCUCUGCUUGAAGAGUACUUGUGGGAAAACUGCUAGGAGAAGGUUUUCAAGAAUUUGCAGUAUUGUGGAUGAUGGGAUGAAUCCGGAUAAUUCGAAUGACGAGGAAAAGGAAUCACUUGAUGAUAAAAUUAAAAGGCAAGCAGAUGAUAUGAAUCGGGCAAAACUUGAAAGGAUGGUUGGAUCGGAUGAUUCUGCAUUUAACGGUUUAGAUCUUGCGACCCUCAUUAGACAAAAGUAUGGAAGAUCUUAUGAUGUUCAACUCAUCAAGAAGGAGUUCAUGGGGAGGAAUCUUCUUGCAAUGAAUGUCAUGUGGAAGUACAGAGAACAGAAGUCUUUUCCUCUAACCGAAGAAGAAUAUAUACUGAGACUUGACGAUGUAGCCAACAUGUUGAAAUGCUGGGGAGCAGUCUCACAUAUCCGUAACAGCCUAGCAAAGUCGAAGGAGCGACCUCGGAUAGGAAAGGCUGUCAGUAUUUUCAUAGACAUGGACUCGACAGGGGGACGAGCAAACGAAUGGAUUUACAAGUAAAAAAGCUGACCGGUUUACAGGGGGCUAAACCAAAGAAAGCAAAAGGUUUUGUCUCUAUGGUUACCUUCGUCAAUUCAUUUUGAAGGCUCUUAGGUGAUGGUGAUUUGCAGAAACAGAGGUUUUUGCUUUAUUUGAUGUCCAAAAUCAUAUAUGAUAUAUAUAUAUAUACAUGUGUGUAUAAUAGUUAGACACAAAUCUUUACAUGAACUCUCUCUUUGUAAAACAUAUUGAAAUGAAUCAUCUUUGUGAAUCUUCCAGUGAUUUGUAAAAGCAGCCACAUGCUCAAUAGCCUCA